AAACAUGAAAAAAGGAAGCGCCGAUGUUUCUUGAUUCUUCUAGUCCAACAGCAAGCAGCAAACUGAAGCAUAAGCCUUCGCCAAAACAACAUCCAUGGAUCAAGAAACAGCUUUGGAUUUAGUCAAACGAGGAGCUACACUUCUUCUUCUCGAUGUUCCUCAGUAUACUCUUAUCGGCAUCGACACUCAGAUUUUUACAGCAGGUCCGGCUUUUAAAGGCAUUAAAAUGAUUCCUCCUGGCCCGCAUUUUCUGUACUAUAGUUCUUCCAGCAGGGAUGGCAAGGAGUUCUCACCAUUCAUUGGCUUCUUUGUUGAUGCUGGUCCUUCCGAGGUGAUUGUUCGUAGGUGGGUUCAUCAAGAGGAAAGAUUGGUGAAAAUAGUAGAGGAUGAGGAAGAGAGAUUUUCUCAAGCAGUUAAAAGCUUAGAGUUUGACAGACAUCUUGGUCCUUAUAAUUUAAACCAGUAUGGAGAAUGGAAGCGCUUGUCCAGCUAUGUUACAAAGCAUGUUAUUGAUCGAAUUGAACCUAUUGGAGGAGAAAUCACAAUUGAAAGCGAGGCUGGGAUAACUAAAGGCAUUCCUAAAACAGCAACGGAAAAAGCUUUAGAUGAGCAAUUGAGGAACAGCAAGUGCUCAGUAGAUGCAUCUGUUGAUAAGUCAAAGAAGAGAGGAUGUUACUAUACUUCAAUUCCUUAUGUUAUCAAACACAGAGGAAUGGAGAGAGCAGAACUUACUUCCUUGAAUCUUGACAAGACAGAAUUGUUAGAACGUAUUUUAGUAAAAGAUUACGAGGGUUCUGAGGACUUGCUUCUUGGGGAGCUGCAAUUUUCCUAUAUCGCAUUCGUGAUGGCCCAAUCACUCGAAGCAUUUUUUCAGUGGAAAUCUCUAGUCAGUCUGUUAUUGGGUUGUACUGAAGCUCCUUUCCGGACAAGGAGUCAACUAUUUACAAAGUUCAUCAAGGUCAUGUACUAUCAGCUGAAAUUUGGACUUCAGAAAGAUAGAGCAGAAAAUAAUGGAGCUGGGGUAGGAGUGCCAACAUUGUUGGAUGAGUCAUGGUUUUCUGCUGACAGCUUUCUACACCGUCUAUGUAAGGAUUUCUUUUUGUUGGUGCAAGAAGCUCCGGUGGUCGAUGGAGAUCUUUUAACAUGGACUAGGAAACUCAAAGAACUGCUCGAGACGAGUCUGGGAUGGGAAUUCCAACAGAACAGUGCUACAGAUGGUAUAUACUUUGAAAAUGAUGACGAGUAUGCUCCUGUGGUUGUGAUGUUGGACGACAACAGCUAUAAUGAAGGCCAAGCAAAUUGAUGAACCUUAAAAACAGACAUUUCCUUCCACUGAGCUACCGUUUUAGGAAAUAUUAGUUUUCUGGUCGGAGGGUUUUGUACAACUUUUGUAUCCGAAUCAUGAAUGGAUGUAAUUAACCUGGUGGAGUAGGCUUCUGUUCAUUUGUUUAGUUUCAGUCUCUCUUAGUGUUUUUUAGCUGGUAAAGUGAUGUUAAUUAUAAAGCUAAUUAUAUCAUAUAGUUUCUUUCUACCUAUUAUAUAAUGAUGAGUAUACUUUUAGAUGA